AUGAUUCAAUGGUAUAUAAUUUGUUUUUUUUUCUUAGUAAAAUCUAAUUCAAUAAAUUGUAUAAAAUCUCAAUGUAAUUAUACAAUAAUUAACUCUGAUAAUUCUUCUUCAAUAUGUUCUGGUGAUGAAUGUUAUCAAUAUAUCGAUAUAGAAUCAAUAAUAGUAAAACCAAAUACUUGUAAAACAUCAUUACUUAUUCUUUCAUUUUCAUCAUAUAAAAAAUUUGUUUUAUUUCGUGAUAAAUUUGAUUGGAAUUUAGGAGAUUUCUUUUCUUUUCGACAAAUAAAUAAUGAAAUUCGUCAAUUUAUUUUAUUUAUUGAUCAACUUGAUUAUGAUGAUAAACCAUUUGAUCGUGAUCAACUUAUAAAAUUAGGUAUGAAUAUUGAUUUAUAUACAAUUUAUAUAAAAAAUAUUCAAAAUAAAAAUUAUCUUUAUGGUUCAAUACAUUAUGAUUUAAAUAAUCCACAAUGGAAUAUUAUUAAAAUUAAAUUUCGUUGUCUUAAAUUAAGUGCUUUUGAUAAAUAUCCAUGUUCAAGUGAAAUUAUUUCACCAUCAAAAUUUGCUCCUCAACGAACAACUCAUACUUUUCAAUCGACAACACAAAUAUAUUCUUCUACAGAAGAAUUAUUAAUAAAAUUAAAUCAAGAAAAUAAUAAAUCAUUUGAUUUAAUUCUUAUUAUUCUUUUUCCAUUAUUUAUUAUAUUGAUUACAAUAAUCAUUUUUAUCUUUGUUUAUAAAUAUAUUGUUGGAAAAUGUUGUUGUAAAAAAAAUCUAAGUGUAACACCAAAAUCUUCAUCUUUAGCAAAUACAUCAAAUAAUCUCAAUACAGGAGAAAGGAUAUUUUCUCCAUCAUUAUCUGGUAGUGCAACUAUUCCAGAAAAUACAUUCAACUGCAAUCAAAUACAAAAUCCUAUAAAAUAUACUGACCGUCAUCAUUGUCCAAACAUUCAUGUUAGAAAUGAUCGAAACAAUAAUUAUGAACAUAUGAAUUUCGAUGAGAUUUCUAUAAGUGGACAACAACAUUUUGUACCAAUAUCAUCUUCUUUGAAAUUCUAG